AUGCCCUGGGCGCUCCACUCGCUCGUCUCCCCGGUGCAGCGCGAGCAGGCCGUAGACGAGCAGCAGGGGGCGGCUUCGCAGGGGCGUCGGCGGGCCGUCGGCGGGCGGCGGCGGGGCUGCGACCUUGGCGGCGUCGUGCGGCGCAAAGGCGGCGAGGUAGGCGCGCAGGUGGGUGACGGUCGGGAGGAAGGCGAUGCGGAUGUGUCUGGCGACGGCGACCUGGUAGAGGGGCGCCUGGAGCAGGGGCGACGCGGAGGUGGGUUGGAGGGCGCGCGGCGUCGCCGUGUCGUCGACGGCGUGCGUCGCUGUCCGCUGGGCGUGGACGUCUUGCUGGAGGCUGGCGAGGAAGUCGGCGCGGGCGCAGCAGAUGAGGAGGGUCGUGGGGUAGGUCUGGUAGGAGACGAUGUAGUGGAGGAGCUCGGCGGGGGAUGCUGGCGAUUGGACGACGGGGGUGAGCAUGCUCGGUUGGUGGUGAUGCAGUUGUGGUGA